AUGGAUUCAUCCGAAGAACCCAAACACACCUACGCCUCGACUCAUGCUCAUCCCAAUCACAUCGAUAUCCCGCCUACGCAAGGAGCACCUGGACCUGCGACGGAUGAUCUACUCGACUCACCCCCUUUGCUUUCUAGUGCUGAUCGACCCAAACCCUCCAGAGGAAUUCUGAAGAAUCCUCUCAGAAGAUCAAGUGGUGAUGACGAUGAAGGCAUAUUGGUCAAUGGCGAAAGAGUUCCAGGAGAUCACUUGCAAUGGGAUGAAGCAAAUAUCGCCCUGACUGAAAUUCAGAAAGAUUCACUCAUGAAAAUCACAGAACCGAAGACACCAUAUGUACGAUAUGACGCAGAGAACGAUCGCGUUCUAGAUAACGAUAUCCCGGGCUUCGAUUUGGAAACUGAUCCAGUACCCAGAUCACCUAUCACUCCCAUCACUCCCGUUAGUCCAGGAAGAGGAAGCUCACCCGUGAGAUCUAAUUCGACAGCUCACAACACUAUCCUCAAUGCUCAAAUGAACUCUGAACAACCUGCACCUCGACGACCAUCAUCUUCAGCUUCAUCGUCAAGAUCAGCUUCGUUCUCUUUACCAACGAAAGAUAGACCUGUUCGACCUGGAUCCUCUUCGUCUUCUUCACCUAAACCAAGCGUCCCUGCUCCUUUGGGUGUAGGCGCAACUGCAGCCAACACAGCCGCCAACGCAGGUGAAGUAUUCAGUGAUAGUGACGAAGAAAUGGACGAGGAACAAAAAGCUCGUCAUAAAGAAUUUGAAAAGAAAAGAAAUUCUCAUUAUUCAAAAGAAGCUGCUUUCGCGAUGAAGAAAGCAAAGGAGUUAUUACAAAAAGAAGAUGAAGAAGAGGAAGCAGCAGCCACUAAAGGUCAAGCUCAAGACACUAAUGGAGCAAUGGAUAUUGAUGUCUAA